AUGGUCAGGCUCACCUUCUAUCCGGUGUCUGCGGAGAAAGAUGGCAAAGAGGAUGAUGGUUGCGUCGACAUACCGGACCUCGCAGAGCAGGAAGAGCAAAAGAUUGACGGCUUCAAGUCCAAUGCCUUUGCGUUGCGGCACUUCUGCGCUGUGGUCGUUGUACUGAUCGUCAUGGUCGGAGUGGCGCUGGGAUCCAUCUUGGCCUACCGUUUCUACUUUCUCUCUAGGAUCCUGGACGGCGGGACCUUGUUCCACUGCAAUGUGAUUUACAGCGAUGGCUUGACCAGGGACAGAGUGGAGUUUUCUGAGGCAGUGCGCAUCUUACUAGAACAUCAUAGCCAGUUCAUCUCUGUGCCUGUCCCCAAUUUCGGAAAAGGCGACCCCGCCGACAUCGUCCACGACUUCAGAAUGAACCUGACUGCUUAUUGGGACAAAGAUUUGGACAAUUGCUACAUUUCCCAGCUGGACACAGCGCACGUGCCACCUCCUGAAAACCUUUUGGACCUAUUCAACAAAGUCGAUACCGGGAUGUAUUUCCCACAUAACUACAUGGUCAAAGAAGAGAUGGUUGUGACCUCGCGUGCAAAAAAGGUCCAGAGCCCCAUUAUCAAUGAGAUGUGCCACAACAAGGACACCUACUGGCUGGCUAAACGUGCAAACUCUGCUUCUCGUACGAAGCGCAGCAAAAAAGACUGCCACAUCAUACGCCACUUUGAGAACCCUUACCUGAUCGAAACCAGCAUCUGCAAUGAGGAUUAA